AUGCUGCUCAGCUACAGCUUCACUAUCGAAUACAUCAAUACAAAGGAUUUCGGCCAAGUGGACGCUCUUUCACGCCUCGUCUCGUCACAAUCAUCGAUACCGGAGGACUACGUGAUCGCCUCAAUUGAUGCUGAUGUCACUUCUGAGUUCUCAGAGGACUGCCGUCAUUUCUCAGUAUCCGCCGAAUCCAUUCGGACUGCUACGCAAGGCAACCGUCUUAUCCAGCUUGUGAUCAACUAUACAAAAUCCGGAAACUGGCCCGAGGUCAACUGCCAUUCUCCUCUGUGGCACUACUACAACCGCGGAAAUACCAUGACGACAGUCAAAGGAUAUCUGGUCACUGCAUCCCGCAUAGUGAUGCCGAAAUCACUUCGACAUCGUGUUCUUUCAGCACUACACAAAGCUCAUCCAGGCCAAAGAAGGAUGAAAAUGCCUGCAGGAAGCUUUGUCUAUUGGCCUACGAUGGAUUCGGACAUCGAAACACUCGUCAAGACCUGCCCAAGAUGUGCAUCCGUGGCAAAGGAUCCAAUCAAAGCUGAACUACAUUCAUGGCCGGAACCACAUUCGCCGUGGACUCGAGUUCAUGCUGAUUUCCCUGGACGGAUGGAAGGACGAUACUAUCUGCUUAUCAUCAACGCCUAUUCCAAGUGGCCGGAAAUCGUCCAGAUGUCCUCGAUCUCCUCAGCGACUACCAUCCAAGCAAUGAAGAGCAUCUUUGGAGUUUGGAAAUCCAGAGACGCUCAUUGCGGAUAA